AUGAUGCCAAUAAUAUUUGAACCAUCUGGACCGUCUAAAUUAAUCUUUUUUUUUCGUCAGAAAAAUAUAACUUUGUGCAACUGGCGAGUCCAGAAAAUUUUGUCCAAAGCAAAAUCAAACCUUUUUAAAUUGAUGCACUUCCUUUAA